AAGAUGGUUCUUAAUUAUCAAUUGUUUUAUAUUUAACUAAUUAGAUAGUUUUAAACAAAAAAAAAACAAAUAUUUGAACUUUUUAUUUUGAAAUUAUGGUACUCUGUUGAGUGAAGUGUCACUUAGAAUGGUUAGUCGUAUCAAAACAAGCCUGUCAAAAUCAAAUCAUAAGUUUAGAUUACAUUAAAUUUUAUUCAGCAAGUCAAAAAUGGAUAUGUUUGAAUUUUUAAGAGGAUUUUUCAGAUACCCGAAUAACCGAUACAACGAUGAGAGAGGAACCCCGAGUAAUAGUUUUCGGAAUCCAAUCUGGAAUAACGAUGACGAUGACACUGAUGAUGAAUUGCAUUCCGAUUCAAGAAAUGGGCUAAACUUUGGUUUUAAUAUUUUCAGUAGUCCUCUAGAAAUGCAAAGAUAUUUUGAGCAGCAAAUGAAUCAUCUCAUUAGAAGUUUUCACUCUGGCAUGUCUGAUUCACUGUUUUUCGGUAUGAAUCCUACUUUUGAGCACAAUAUACCUAUAGAAGGGUGGGAUAAUCCUGUUAUUGGUGAUAAUCAAUUUUCUGGACACAAAAGUUUGCGGGAUCAAUUCUUGAAACCUGGUUAUGAAACCAUCAAUGAAAACUUAACAAGGAGAGACAAUCAGAAUGAAUCAAUUGACUCAGAUUUGGAUGGACAGCUUUAUGGACAACAAUUAGAUAGCUUUUUGAAAAGAAACUCUUCCAGUGAACAAGAAGGUACAAGUAAUCUGAUUCCUUACCAAGAUGAGAAAAGAAAAAGGGGAAUAUUUGGGUUCAACUUUGGACAAUCUAUGAUGUCAAAAACUAUUAUGCGACCUGAUGGGAGUGUUGAAAUGCAUAAAACAGUUAGAGAUUCCAGUGGCAAUGAAGAAACUACAAUUACAAUACAAAAGCAACAAGAAACUUAUACCAAAACUAUUCAUAAAGAUGCACAGGGAGUGAUUACUGAGACAGAGGAGGUUACACCCCGAUUGCAAUAAAAUUGUUGUUUCAAAAAUAUGUGGAUACUUGAGAACAAUUUGUGAUAAUAAUAGAUAAUAUAAAAUAAUUUAUAAAUAUUCU